AUGUUAGAAGCAGACAGUAAAGGUGGCAAGAGAAUGAUGGAUGGUCGGAAACAAGGUGAACCACAACGGCACCUCUCACCCAAUCUCGAAAUCACACACCAACCUCCACAUCACACAAAGAACAUUGACCAUGACUCCACUCUAACUCACACCUAUCAGAAACCUCUUACAACAACUCGUAACUCAACACAACGAACGGACGCACACCUCAAACAAACUUCACACAGCACAUCGAUAUCAAGAAACAAAAAAACACGAGCCAACACCACCCACACGAACCCGGACACACCGAACACCUACGAGAGUCACACACACUCAACAACACAAACGAACAUCAAAGAGAACCAAGCCCAAUUGCAAACAACAACACGCACUCGGACCACUCAAACACAGAACAACCCGACAACAACAACGCGAAGACCUCAACCAGACACAACACCUCACCCCAAACCUCCAGACCACGAAACAACCACUCAACAACAAAAGCAUCCAUCAGACAUAACAACGAACUGGCAACAACACAAACCUCAACCAAAUACCUCACAACCACAAGAGAUGCCCUACAAUCGAAGAAAAUACAACCUCGGAACCAUAAGCAAAAAUAACCCACCGAACUACCCAGCACCCACACACCAACGUCUCAGACGACGAAACCUCGCACCCAGGACCACUAACCUCCGGCCACCAAGAAGGGGCUCUCUACCCCGCAAAACCUACACCACAGAGCAAAUGCCACAUAGAACGCACCCAAGCACACAUGCGACUCUAAACACACCCAAACAACCUCGACACAACAACCAAGCAGCAAAAACACUCACUCGGACAAUACACACUCUAACGACAACACCCAAAACACGACUGAACACCACACACAAUCAGAAAACGCAGACUCACACAAACACACCAAACAAUGUACAACCGAAACCAAGAACACUCCCGAGAGAACUCCGAGCAAAAAAAACCUCAACCAAACCUCACUCAAAGACCCGAACAACACCACUCCACCAAACACACACCUCGUCACAAUCCACCCAAACAACAGGCGACGCUCAAACAUCACGACAACCACAAGACCACCUCUUGUGCAGUGGGGAGGGAUUAGAUCUGGAGAUGCGGUUUCCCCCAAUUACAAUCACAGGAGGCUGGUCACCUCACCGUAGUGGCAGUCGAUGA